GAGAAAAAGAUGCAGCAUCCACCAGAAAAAACAAAGACGACGUAUGACCUUGACAAACGCAAAGAGCGCGUUUCCCGACCUGGAAAAACGAAGACAAGGGUGUCCUGAGCGAAAUUCCGCCUGCAAUCGUUCGACCAGACGGUCUUCCUCGAGUUUUUGAGAAAAGAACUCACCAGCUGAACUUUCUUUGCGGAGACACCCGAGUGCAGUCACCGCCGGGCGCGAUCUUCGCUGUGCUCCUCACCGCCCCCGUCUCCCGGUUUCCUUUCUUGUUCUCCGUAUCUUUCUUGUGCUUUGUCUUCUUGCUCUGUUCUGUCUUCCUCCGUCUCGUCCUCCUCGUCUUUCUUGUCCUCCUGCAACUGUCCUUCUCAUCCCACGGUGGCGUAUGUAGAGAGCAGACAGAGGGCCGUCGAACACAAGGGCGGUUAACAGCGGAGAGGCUUCUCGAAAGGACGCGUGUCUCUCUCAGGUGAACUCUUCGACUGCAACUUUUCCAGCUUUCUCCCCUCUGCAAACAUGGAUCGCUCUUCCUCAGCAGAGGUCGCACAUGACAUGUCUCCUCUCCGCUCCUCGCCUUCUGGCGAAAACGCGCUCCAGCGCUCUGCGCCUCUCUCCUCUCUCUCUCUUCCCCUGUCCUCCUCUGUGUGUGCCUCAUGUUCUCCCUGUUCCGCUUCAUCAACCUCGGCGUCUUCUUCUUCGUCUUCCAGGGGCUGUGACGAGAAGGCAGACGAAGCAGAUCUGCUUGGAGAGGCUUCUGCCGGCCUCCACGGCGCGCCGGUGCUGCUUCUGCUUGUGCUCUCUGAGGAGUUGCUGAAGGGAGACAGCCAAGCAGACAGCCGAGGACAGGAGAGCGCUGCGGCUCAGCGGCCCGAAGAAGAGAGAACCGAGGCGUCUGCAUGCACAGGGAAGGCUGCGGAGCACCCGAAUGGAAUUUCCUCCGGUUCGCCGGCGCAUCUUUUCCUCCGCGACCUCCUCCACAGGCUCGGCACACCCAUCGAAGGACGAGGAACUUCGACCGCCUGCAGCUGCGCCGUGAGGGAGCAGCGUUCCGCGCUCCCCCAAGGAGUGGUACUCCGGACAAAGUACUAUGACGCGCCGGUUCGUCUGGUGUGUCAGUAUCUCUCCCGCGAGGCUGCUUCUUCUCCCUGCGCUUCUCUCGACGGCGCGGAACUCUACGCUUCGGGUGCGACUUCCCUCACGCUGUGUAAAUCGCCUGCCGCCGCGCCUUUUUCUCGCCAGGUUCUGCAGACUCCUUCGACUGCUUCGUCUUCCGCGCUCUCGCCUUCGUCUCCCUCUUCUCUCUCUUCUUCCGACGCAGUCGCUGCUGCUUCGCUCUCUCCGAGCCUCUCUGCGUCUGCGUCGCUUCAGGCGACUUCGCCGGGUCUCUUUGUGCCGUCCUUCGGCCUCGCGUCUCCGCCUGAGGCGCUCCUCGUUCUCUGUGCGGCGCCGCUAGCCGAGGAACUCGCGGGCAGGCGCGCGAAGAAGCGUCGGGAGCCCUCAGAGUCCCGAGAGGCGAACGCGCGGUCUCAUGUGGAAAAACAUCCUGCAGAAGACGACAUGGAGGAGGAACUGCCGCUGCCUGCGUGCCUCCGGCGGCCUCCCUUCCGUUUGACAACUCCCUCAGGCGCAGAAAAAAGCAAAGGGCGUCGCGCGCCGCCUGCCGACCUCGAGGACCGCGCAGCCUCUGCCAGUGCGCGCGCCAACUUCUAUGCGCCUCUGGGCGAGGAGACAGACGAGGAAGCCAGCGAGGAAGACGGAGAAGAACCUGCAGACAGCGAGUGGCUCUCUCGUGUACCUGUGAAGCUGUUUGUGUCUGUGGACGGUCCGGUGGAGAGUGAAACGAGGAGCAAGUGUUUGGAGCAAGCGUCUCGGAUCAGGAGGUCGGGUCCAGGGGCGCCGGAUGCAGAUGAUCCUUCAGAGAUCUUGUUUUUCGAAAACAAUUGUAUUUUCGAGCGCGUCUCACUGCCGUGGCCUCGCCCGUGCAACGGGGCGUCUUCUCCGGGUGUCGCUCUGUCUCCUGCCGGCGCUUCUUCGAAUUUGGCCUCUCACCCUGCCCUGCUGGGUUCCCAAGAUGCGAUGACUCGCCUCGUGGACGCGCUCCACUGUCACUUGUGGCCGAACUUGCGGCGGCGCGCACCUCCGAAAAAGCGAGAAGAAAAGCGAGAGGAAAUCUCGGGAUUCUCUGCCUUUCGAAUGGCUCCUUCGCCUGCAUCUGCAUGCGCCGCCGUCUCUUCGUCGUCUUCAGGUUCCUCGGGCCUCGGCGCAGAGACUCCGAUUCCCCCGAAACAAGCAAGGGAAGCGAAGCAGACCGACAGUUCACGGUCGCAAACGCCAGGCGAAAGUGGAGAGCCUGGGCACCCCCCGCAGGCGCGUUUUUCGGAGCUGAAAGAAGCGACAGAGAGAGACGAGAGGGCGACGGAGACUCAAGGAGCCGAAACCGAGAAAGGCCAGACGCGGAAGGAGACAGGCGAGUUCAGUGAAGACGGCCUGGAGAGAGAGAACGGCGACCGCGAGAAAAAAGCUUCUGGGAACAAGCAGUUUGCAGAAGAAUGGUCAGAGAGCGACAGUUCGGGGGGGGGGGGGAAAGCAACAGCAGCAGGGAGGCAGAAGGCCGCUGUUCGUGCAAUCGUGGGAGAGGAGCACCCGAGUACGGGGAAGGAACGAAACCUUUCAGGCGAAAGCUCGAAAGACAAAAAAGAUGAUACUGCAAAUGUCGCGCACUUGGACUCACUGGAUGCGCUCAUCCAACAGCUGAGAGCAGUCAGACUGGAAAGUGAAAACCUCCCGCCGGAAGAGCGGAGGGCGCGGGCGGAGGCAAUGGCGCUGAGACUCGCCACCGUGAUGGGUCUCUCAGAAGACGAAGAAGAUUAAAGGGCGAUGUCAGGUCGAAUGGAGAGAACACAAAUGGGGGGACACUGUGAGGGCAUCCAGUCCGGUGCCUGUGGGUGGGGGAUAGUUCUGCAUCAUUCGAAGGCUGUGUAAGAGGCGCUGACGCUGUCGUGCGUCGCCUUCGACGUUGUUGGCCGCGAGUUCUGAGAAAUAGACGUAGACCCAACUAAAAUGCUUCAUCUGGCGACAAGUUCGUGC